CAAUUCGCAGAGCUGACUGAAGUGCUCUUCCGCUUUCUGACAGAGCCCAAGGAGGUGGAAAGAUUUCUCACUCAGCUCUCAGACUUUGCCACCAUGAAUAAAAUCAGCUUGGCCCCGCUGAAAAACAUUGUCAAAAGUAUUCUUCUGGUACCCAACGGUGCCCUGAAGAGGAAUUUGUCUUCCGAACAAGUCAGAGCAGAUUUUAUUGCUCUAGGCCUCAGUGAAGAGAAAGCCAGUUAUUUUGCAGAACAGUGGAAGGUGAAUUCCCCCACCCUAACACGCCUGGCUGUGGGUCAGACGCUGAUGAUUAACCAGCUGGUAGAUAUGGAGUGGAAGUUUGGAGUGACUGCUGGGAGCAGUGAGCUGGAAAAAGUGGGAAGUAUCUUCUUACAGCUGAAGCUGGUGAUUAAAAAAGGAAGCCAAAUGGAAAACGUGUAUGUUGAGUUAACUUUGCCCCAGUUCUACAGUUUUCUGCAUGAAAUGGAACGGGUCAAAACCAGCCUGGAAAGCUUCAGCUGA